AUGGAACCAAUACAACUUCUACAAAGAAGGAAUCUACGAGGAAUACCAAUCGAACAAGCUACGAAGAGCAUAUGCUCAGAGACAGCAACAGCAAUACCAAGCAUUGCGGAUUACUUGCUGCUGACGAAUACGACGUGUCAGGUUACCGGAUCCUUUUCCUCGUGUUUAUGGGAUCCUUCAGAUCCUCCCCCUUACUACGCCGGCGUUGCAGAUCAAUAUUGUAGCCAUGAUUUCCGCCCCCGCAAUACUUCCGGAUAA